CAAAAGAAGAAGAGCACACGCCUUCCUGUAAAUAGCGGAAGUUUUCAGCCGAGGAGUAUUAUCCAAAUAUUCAUGUUCUCAUGCCCUGUUCAUCAUCUGAAUUAUCUUCAUAAAUCAUGAUUUACAAUUUACACUGACUCUGGAAUUUGAAAAAAUGCCACACGAAAAAGCCCGCAACAGCCCCCCGUCUAACACCUUGGAUCGGAGGAGAGCAUUGACCAUCUCGCCUGAGCUCAAAUGUGACAACUGUCAGACUGAAAGUCCACUUAAGAUCCCCAGGAGAGUUUCUUCAGCUGAGGAUGAGUGUGUGGAGAUAGAGGUUUCUAAAGCUCCGAAGAAGAACCACUCCAAGAUCCACUGGACACAGCUGGGCUCAAAUGGUACAUCCUCCCAGUCAGAUCACAGAUUACAAACAACCAGUGAUCAAAAGCGCACAAGAUGGCAGACAGUUCACAGGCGUCAGGUCAAGAUUGUCUUAGAGGACGUCCUUCAGACAGAGAUUGGGCAGAGCUUGCUAAGAAGUAACAGGCAGAGUUUCAAACUGACAAAUGUAUCGGAAAGCAAACGGGAAGCUAGAGAGAAACAGAGUGAUCAGACCUCAAAAACUGAGCUCAAAAACAAGAGAACCAGUGUAACUCUGAAAGGAGGAACAGACUCGACUGAACUCAAAGCUUCUUCACCAUCCCAUUGUCCGACUGAAUCAUGUACUCAGAACGAAUCAAGUCCAUGCAAAGAAACCAAGCAUCCAAAAUCCAAUCAAUUGAACUCAUCGCUGAAACUAUCAGAGUCAUCUGAAGUAUCUAGUGACUCUUGUACACCUAGAGAAAGCGACUCCCCGCAGUCUGUUCAGAUUAUUGAGUAUCUGCCUGAACAGACUAAGACAUCUACUGUUGAAGAGAAUGAAGCACCACUUCUUGAAGGAUCUCCACAGCGUGAGGAAGCAGUUUCACCCAGAUGUGAGUUCGGACACAGCCCCUCAUCACCGUUAGCAAUGCAAGAGACAAAAUCAAGGAGUGAGCAUCUAGCCAAUAUGAGAGAAAUGACAGAAACACAAGAGUGCCAGGAGGACGCAAAAGAAGAUGAGAAUGAAAAGCACAUACACAGGAAUGGAGAAAUGACACAGGAGGUGGAAGAGAUGAGAGGAAGUGUGCUAUGCCUCUCAGUUGGCAUCGAUGGGGAAGUCCCGCUCAAAAGAUGUCGUUUGGACGGCCUCUCAGGUGAACAUGUUCCUGACUCAGAGCCCAACCCUGAAUGUGCAGAGGGGCGGAGCUUCAUCAGACAGUCCUCUAAGCCCAACCCACCUGAACCCAUUGUUCUCUCCAGUGAAGAAGAGGAGGAAGAUGAAGAGGAAAGGGAAGAGAGUGAAGACUCUGUCCUGAACAUCCAGGCACCAGAGGGUGCUAAAGAUGCACACAGAGUGGAGAGGCCAACAAGAGUCUGUGAGCAGAAAAAAAUGCCUGAGCUUCACCCACAAAUAACAGAGAUCUACACACAGUGUCAGAGUUCUUCUAUGUUGGAGCUACAGCUGUCUUCCCUUCACAUGGGUGGAAUUAGUGUCACAUCCAGUGGGAAUAUAAAGAUUACAUCCGAAAUGAUCAACAUUUCUUUGAAAGAUUCUCCAGUGAAAAUUUCUUUAGCGAUAGCUAAUGUGCUUAAAUACAGUGUGUGGGAGGGGACUGCAUUGAAGGGGUGUGGCUUGGUUAAGGAUGAUGAGAUCCCGCCCCCUUCUCUGCUCCUCCUAUGGCUGUCUGAUCCUCUGGCCCGCCGACUACACAACGACAUGUCCGUUUUUCAGCCCGACACACGUUCAGCUGAAGGCAGUUCGUGUGUAUUGCUGUGCUUGGCUGAACCUGUUGCUGGUAUUGAGAGGGCUGUCUUGGCCUCAUUAAUGGACAUGGUGGGUCUGAACCAGUGCAAACCAGACCUCCUGACCCCCCUCACACAGUCAGACAGUCUGAAACUGCUGCAGACCUCCCAGGAAACACACCUGCUGCAGCUGCUCACAGCCAAAUCUGAUUCACAGAACAACACUGCUGCAGCUGUAUCUGCAUCUGCUUCUCAGGAGUCUGAUAUUCAGCUGAAGUCGGUCUACACGCUGUGCCACAGAAGAGCUCAGGGAUCAAACAGUAUUUUCAUGGCACCCGCACCCGGGCCAGAAUGGACACCGUAUCGUCACUGCGGUCCCACACGCAGGCUUAUUCAAUUCCCGCCUCCGCCCUCGAAAGGAGCCAUCACCAUUACGACGGAGGACCUGGAGUGUUUAGACAGCGGCGAGUUCCUUAAUGAUGUCAUCAUUGACUUCUACCUCAAGUAUCUUUUGGUGCAGAAGGCCCCACAGGCAUCAGUAGCCAGAUCACAUGUUUUUAGCAGCUUUUUCUAUAAACAGCUCACACGCAGAGACAACGCUAACGAGGACAGCACAAGCACACCAGCUCAGGUCAGAAGGCAUCAGCGAGUAAGGACAUGGACCCGUCAUGUUGACAUCUUUGACAAAGACUUCCUUUUUGUGCCUGUCAAUCAAGAAGCUCACUGGUAUCUCGUGGUGAUCUGUUUCCCCGGGUUGGAAGAGCCCCAGUAUGUGACGAGGGAAGGCAGGGGAUCGGUGCUGGGUGAUGGGUUGGAAGAUUUGGGUGAAUCACAGUCUGAGGGUGAGAUCCAGGGAGACAACAAAUCCAACAGCGAUGAGGACAAAGAUCCAGAUGACAGCUGCAUAAAGCCAAGUACAUCUCCUGAUCCUCCGAACUGUACAGAAAAUACCUGUAAGAGACACAUUGUCUGUAUAAGACCAUGUAUUCUCAUCAUGGACUCCCUGAAGUUGUCGGUUCAUGAGCGCAUCUUCAAACUCUUGCGCGAAUACCUGCAGAUGGAGUGGGAGGUGAAGAGAGGUGGUUAUCGUGACUUUAGUGUUGACCACAUGGUUGGUUCACACUGUAAAGUCCCUCUACAGGACAACAGCAGUGACUGUGGCCUUUACCUGCUUCAGUAUGCGGAAAGCUUUUUACAGGAUCCUGUGGUACACUUUGACUUGCCUUUGAGAUUGGAGCGCUGGUUUCCACGGCAACAGGUGCGAGGGAAACGGGAGGAGAUUCGAGAUCUCAUACUACACCUGUACCGAUUUCAGCAAGGCUCUUUUGGAAAUGAAGCUCUAGAAAAUAGAUCGGAUGAUGGAAAUAUCAUUCAGUAGUUUCGCUUUUAGGUGCACAAGAUUGUUUUAUGCUAGAUGUAUUUAUAUUUUAAGUGUUUUUGAACCUUUUAUAUAAUGUUAUGCUUUUGUAUACAUUGUUGGAAACAUUUUAGACAUUAAUAAAUGUCAAAUGCCAAAUGAGGAUAAAUUGCGUUUUGUCCUUUUUAAAGGAAUAGUUUACCCAGAAAUUAAAAUUCUCUCAUCAUUUACUCAAACUUGUACGACGUUCUUCUGUGGAACACAAACUUAUUUAUUUAGAAGAGUGUAUGAGGUGUUUUUGUUCAUACAAUGCAAAGUCAACUUGGUCCAAAACUUUCAAGCUUCAAAAAGGAUAUAAAAGCAGUAUAAAAGUAUCAACUUUAGCUGUAUGAAUUUUAACGUUUCAAUAUUUGUGUCUUUAUUCAGGUAAAGCCUAAAUUAUACUUCGGUCAGAUGCGAAUGCUAGGUGUAUGCGCACAGGACGCGUGAUUUCAUCAGCAGAGUGCUCGAGCACUGAACGAGUGUGCGUGAGGAAUUAUUUGCAUUAAUUGGUGGCUCCACAAGAUGGCGAUACUCACAUUUUAGCUGUUGCUGUCACAAAGAAUCGCUAGAAGAAAAUGUAGGUGGAAACAACAACAGUGGAUGUGAUCAAAAUCCGGCCAUGUUAGCAGCCCAGACUUUCUAUGAUGGGUUCAUAUAAUGAGGAAUCAAAUCAGAAUUUGUGUGAUGUCUGUUCAGAUGUAUUCAUUUUAACACUUGAACACAUAACCGUUCACGUUUACACAUCUAUGACGCACAAUAUUCUGUAUUCAAAAAUUUGACCCACCCAGAAGUAGGAAAGAUACUUUUUCCUAACACCAGAUGAACUUACAAGAAGAGUAAAAUGUAGGACAGUCUGGCAGACCUUGUUAUAUUCCUGUGUGUGUGUAGCACCUGCCACUCUGUAUAUCCUAAAGAAUCCCAACAUUAGAAACUAGCUACUGUUUUCUAAUUUUAUUUUUAAACAAGGUUGCUGUAAUAUGGAGCAACUAAAACUAUAUUGGACCUGACGACAGCAAACCAGCAGCCCGUGUGUAAGAGCAGUAAAAAGCCUUUAAACACAGGGUCAAGGAUAUAUUGAGAUCCCCAUAGAGUAGGCUGUCACACACUGUGUGAGCGUCCAAGUUCAUGCAGUUGUGUUUUUUCACCACGUGUUUGUACUCUUUACAGUGGCUUUGGAUCGUAAUAAAUAAAAUGUAAGAGAAGACCUGAGCGAGGAGCACAUGAUUAGAUAAGCAGUCCAGUGUCGCAUGAGUUGUUGUUCUGAUUGGUCAACUCAGUCGGAGUGGUCAAGGAGACCUGUUAAAGGGCACUUUUGUAUACGGAUGUACUGUAUGGUUUAACACUAAUCAGACAAUUAGAUUGAGAUUAGAAAGAUUUACAGACCACCAACCCUCUUCUAGUAAUCCGAGCAGUCCAUUCUGUGUACAGUGUUUGUCUCUGUGUUUGUUUAUUUGUAAAGAUGGACAAUCUAGCAUCAAGUCAGCAAACACAGAUUUAGACUUUUGCAGAGUGUCUGCUGGUUUGUCAAGAUAAUUAAUUAUAAGAGUAGUAAAUAAUGUCUAAGCUAUCUGAAUGUUUCAAUCAGUGUCUUUUCAUACUGCUUAUGUAUUAGCUACUUGCCCUUUGAAAUCAUGAGGUGUCAUUGCCUAUCUUUGGAAUGGAAUACUGGGCUGCUGUUUACUGCAUACUGCACAAAUUACGCUGUAGAUUGACUAUGAGGAAUGGUAUGCAUAAUGCUAAAAAUUUAAACAGUAUGCUACAUUAUUGUUGCAUGUUUGAUUUAGUAAGCGGCACUGAGUUAUCAUUAGGCUUGGGAAUCAAGAACCAUUUAAAAUAUAUAUAUACUAUAAUGAAUUUCUUGACGGUUCUGUUAAUGGCCCUUGGACAUUAUACAAACAGCAUAAUACAAAGAAUAUAAAAAUAGAUCAUUUCUAUUGCAUUUACCGCACUGUUUGCAAGCAACAACAAACAUAUAAAGCGACCAGUAUAGUCACAUAAAUUCAUAAACAAAUUACUCUGAGCUGGUUCUUUUUAAUGAAUCCAUCAAAUAGGCUCAUGGUCUAUCCAUUUGAAUCAGUCUAACCACUCACUCACUGAAUCUGUCAAUCCAAGUUUGUGUAAAAUGACUUUCAGAAGUCCAAGCAAAUAAUAAAUCAAGAGAGAGAUGUUAAAAAUCAUGGCUGAUAGUGUUUCUGGUUCAUUUGGCACACCUGAAAUGGUAGAUCAAUUGAAGCGUGUUCAUUUGUGAAUGAUUGGACACUGAAUUCUCUAUGCUGUAUGAUGCAUGUUUUGCAGAGAUAUUAAGAGUAGUAUGUUAUUAUGCUAUUCUAAGCAUAACCUUAAUGUUGUAUGUGUGUUUGUAUAUUGAUGCAUAUUUUCAGUCCUUUUUUGUCAUAUUACUUAAUGGGAAGACAUGUCAGUGGUGCCUUAUAUUUGUGUAGAUAAUCAUAUGCACACACAUAUGAUAUUUUAAAGGGAAUGUCAUAGGUAAAGGUACACCUAAGUUGAUCAUUCCCUUUCUUAUAAUCUCUCUCAGCUCAUCAGACACAACUUCCAAAAGGCUUACAGGUGGUGAUCUAUUUCUAAGAACACACUCACUAACCACCUGGACAGUAAUUGUAUUGUGGCUGAUAAAUCAGUGGGUGAGCACUGGGGGGUUCUUUAAAGUGCCAAAUCCUGUCUUAACCUUUGUGCAUGUCACGCACUGCCACAUCUCCUCAAAAGACCCAUUUCUGCAACAAAACCACAUUUAGAAUUUUAUUUCCAAAAAUGGCCCUGGAUAUUUGACACCAUAUAGACAUGCCCCUACCUGUCAGUGAAAUAAGUUUCCUGAGAAAUGACAUCUCUCUCUGUGACUGCUCUAGCCUUUGUAAACAGCAAAAAAGAACAUAGGUGGGCAGUUGUGGAUUAGCUAAUGAAAACACUAGGAGGAACCUCUCUGCCUGUCAAUCAUUUAGCUGACAGGUCUUGUGUGGGCAGGAUUUUGAAGAAGGUGAGUGUUUGAAAGGAUUCCCAUCCAAAUGCAUCAAUUAAAAAUUCACCCUUCACAGAAUACAAUAAAAACAAUCGCCAAACAGCUGUUCACUUCACACUUAAAUGUUCUAAACCAACCCAGUCUCAUGACAAUUCUUGCAUAUUUUACGAGUUGGCUAUUUCGUAUGAUUUCGUACGAGUUUGUUUGUAUAAAUUUGUGCGAUUUCAUCAGAUGCAAAUGCCUGGAUGUCAAAUGCAGAAGUAAGCGUGAGUUUCGCUCACGAGGUGUUAAGGACAUACUUAUUAAUAUUAUGCCCUUACCCAAACCACUUAUCUAAACCUAACCGAUCAGUAGAGUGUGUAAACAUGAUAGGAAGCUGUUGUGUGUGACAGAAGCAAGUAAUUGUCACGUAUUAGAUGGAUGGCAUCAUUAGCUGUAGUGAAAGUCGUACGAAUUCAUAAGAGUGCAGUCGUACGAUAUCAUACGAAUCAGCCAAAUUUAGAAAAGUCGUAUGAAUUCUUACGAUUUCGCAGUGAGAAUGUGUAGUCUAAACAAUCAAACAUUACUGCAGUUCAUGGGAAAUCAACUGCCAACUAACACCACAAUAAUUCUAUUAUUGUUUAGCUCAAAAUAGUUUUAGAUAAAGGACAACACGUCACACUGCUGGACACUGUGCCUGACAUGCCAUGUCAACUGCCCUUCCACUAACCACUAUACGCAAUACACACUUGCAUAAUGUUCAUUACUAAAAAGAAGAAACAAAAUUGGAAAAAAAAGAAAGAAAAGCAUCUGGGUUAUAUUGAGACACUUACAAGGGUAUAUAUUGUAUAUAAAAGGAGGAAUGAUUCAAAAUAAAUUUUUAUGAUAAUCAAAAUUAUGCCACCAAAGCUGUUCAUUGUGCUUAACUUAUAUUGAACCCAGAAUUUUCCUUUAAGAAUUAAUAUCGUGUAAAAUAUUUUGUUUUCUCAAGGCAGUAUGAUUAAAGACAAUUUAUAGAUCAGUGUAGAUUAUUUGCUGUUUCACUUUUGAUAUAUAAGCACAUUUUUGUAUUUGUUUAUUGCCUUUUUAUUUAUUACAAUAUUGCCAUUUUUACAAUACCGUUUAUUGCCUUUUUUAUUUAUUGCUAUAUUGCAUUAUUUACAAUCACAUUUUUGUUUUUGAAAGAAAUUGAUGUGUCUGUUCACCAAGGAUGCAUUAAAUUUAUCAGAAAUACUAAUAACAAUUAUAUAAAUGUUGUA